UUUACGUUAUGUCUUACAGCUCAUUUCCUGCUUUAGCCAAGAAAGUGCCAAACGCUUACUACUCAUUUCAGCCAGUGAACAAUUACAUUUUCUACUCGGAGGAACAAUGUACCGCCAGUGUUUGAAGAAGGCUUUGAAGAGUCGUUCUUUGGUUUCUGAGGCAGCCAGUUAUUGGAAAGGCAGUACACGGUCUUUUUCUAGUUCAGCUGGAACUCAAGGGAACUAUUGGAGGUCUUCUGUAAAGAAGCUUUCUGCUGCUGCCACAAUAGGUGCUGCAGUUGCUGCUUUUUAUGGAAUUGAAAGGCAAAGGAGCUCUCCUGUCUCUUGUAAGGAAGCAGAAACUACUUCAAAGGGUUCUGUCAACUAUGAUAAAGUCAGAGAAGCAAUUGUAAAGGUGAUCGAAGUAGAUGAUAAUAUUGCACCAGCAAUGUUGCGCUUAGCCUGGCACUCCUCUGGAAGUUAUGACAAGAAGACAAACACUGGAGGCUCAGAUGGCGCUACUAUGCGAUUUUCACCAGAAAAGGAUUAUGCUGCCAAUGCAGGGUUAUUUCGUGCUCGAGAUGCUUUGGAGCCUGUGAAGAAGCAGUUUCCCGAGAUAACUUAUGCGGAUCUGUGGACAUUAGCUGGUGCUGUCGCUGUUGAAGAGAUGGGAGGUCCCAAGGUUGCUUGGAGACCUGGCAGAAGGGAUGCAGUGUCUGGACAGGAAUGCCCACCAGACGGAAGGUUACCAGAUGCUGAUAAGGGUACUCUAAGCGGUACUGUGCAACAUAUUCGAGACAUUUUUUAUCGUAUGGGCUUUAAUGAUCAGGAAAUUGUAGCUCUAGUUGGUGCACAUGCAGUUGGACAUACCCAUAAACAAUUUUCAGGUUAUGAUGGCCCUUGGACUCGUGCUCCGACAACCUUUUCCAAUGAGUUGUUCAGAGAAUUGUUGGAAAAUAAGUGGACUCUUAGAAAAUGGAAUGGUCCAGACAUGUUUGAGGACCCCACUGGAGAAAUUAUUAUGCUUCCGACAGAUAUGGCUCUAACAUGGGACAAAGAGUUUCGCAAAUAUGUAGAAACUUAUGCUGCUGAUCAGGAUCGCUUUUUCGAAGAUUUUGCGAAAGCGUUUCAAAAGCUAGAGGAACUUGGUGUGAAAGCUUUUCAAGAAGAAGCCAAAAAGAAGCGUGGUUGGUUUUCUUGAGCAGUAUUGGCACAGUGAAAAGUUAUAUGCUUCCUUUUAUAUGUAGUUUCAUGUGUUUUCUUUUUCAAUAAAUGUGUGUCUCUGAAACAACUAGUUGCCUUGUAUUUCCUUUCAAUCAAUUGAGACUUUCAAGUUGUACUGCAAAAAAAGACUACUUUAAAUAUUACCAACCAAACUGGCCUUUUUCUCAGGAGUUUGAACCCACAAACUUUGACAAACAAUAUCUCUACAGAGAUAGGGUGAGCUGCACACACAUAAAAGAUCAGACAUAAAA